AUGAGGAGUUUCAGAAUGAAAAAGACUAACGCGAUCUCAGCGCAGUCUUCUCCUACAAGCUUCUCGCCUCGUCUGAGUUAUGCGUCCUUUGAGAAUACCACUUUGUUCUUGGCCCAACAUAAAGACACACAACAGUUGUGCUCUGCUAGAAAAAUUGCGGACGAGUUCACAAUGAAGAUGUCGGAGAUGAUAGAAGAGAUAGAGUCUGGGAUACUGUCCUUUCUGAAAGUCGAUAAUAAGAGCAUUGAAGAGAAGUACCCGUUUUUGAAUCAUCCGUUUGUCGAGGGAAAAACAUUUGAUAUCACAAACACCGAAUUUCCGAUUCCACAAGACUCUUUCAUCUUCGCUCUGCGUUUCUUCCACCUCGCGAAAACAUUUUUCAGGCUCCUCAAAAUUGAUAAAAGCUUUCCACUGUGUUACUCAGCUUUCCCAUAUACCGCGUCACUCAGAUCAUUCUUCGCUUAUUUUAAACAUAACAAUAUGAUCACUAAAAGUGGCGAAGAAAAGGAAAAACAUUACUUUUUCAAUUUGACAGACAAAAUCAUGUUACUCUUUUUCGAACGAAAUGUUGUGUACCUGAGACUCCUCAUGAACGAAUACAACGAGUUUGUCGAUACACAAGAAACACUCUUGAGGAUACAAAAAUGCAAAAGCCCACGAGACUACUUUCCCCACGAAAAGUUGAUCAACACAAACGAAUUUUACUCGUACGACUUUUACGCAAAAGAGGCGUGGGACGUCUCAAACCAAAUUUGUUUGAUAUGUGGGACACUUGAAACUCUCCGCCAGAUUAAAAAAUGGAAAGACCGGAACGUGAUUGAAAAGCGUGAAGACAUCGAUGCGAUAAUUGCCGCAAUAAAACUGAAUAAGUGGAAUUUGUUGAAAAAGGGUAGAGUGUUGAUCGAAGGCACAAACAUCUUUGGCCCGUUUUGUGUUGGCGGGGAACUACUGUUGUUUGAUGGUGGCGUCUUACUCUUUGAGACCAAGGAGGAGAACGUUGAAUACCGAGGAUGGUCGCCUAUUGAAAACAUCACAACCGAUCAAAUUAAACCAUUUAAAAUAUUUAACAAUGAAAACCAGUGUUCCAGUUUAGUGUUGACCCUCAACGAAGGCAUUGCCAAAAUAAUUGGAACGUUCGAAGACUUGAAAGAUUGGUUAACUGCGAUCGAAUCUUUGGUGAAGAAGUUUAAAGUGAACAAAGACCAAACCCUGUCUUUGGGUGGAAACACUGUGAUUAGAAGGUCAAGAAAGUUUUCGUUUGCUACGCCAAGAACUUCAAUAUCAUCAAAAGUGUCGCAAACACUGAGUUGUGGCGACUUUAUAUUAAACAGUGAGAUUUACGAAAAUAUCACCAAAAUGAUUCAAAUGGGGUUUCUCUGUACUACUCAGGAACAAAAAAAGAAGGUUGAAAGUUUACUUUCACAGAUUGAUAAAUUGCUUGACAAAAAAUCCAAAAUCCUUGGCAAAGAUACAUUAGCACCAUUCGUAAAUAUCAAGUCAAAAGACCCACAAAGUAUAAAAAUCGUGCUAGACUCUAUUUUCGACAUGAAAAACAACAAGGAGAAUUUGAUCAUUGUAUACUUACUCCUAUUGUUAGUAUACCAAAACUACACAACACUCAAAGAAAGUAAUUACCCAGAACAAUCUUUACUUAUCAAUGAUAAACUGAACAUCACCAAGCUUGUACAUCACAUUUCAAAGAGAAUUGGAGACAAAGACGCAACAGACAACUUCUGUUUUGUCCUUGAAAAAUUCCCACAUAUCAUCUCAGGAGUCAAGAACAUCUUUGGUGAGAACUUGAUUACACCACUCAUGCUUUUGAAAACACAAAAAGCAGACUAUAUAACGACAGUCAACCACAAAGUUUACAUCGCCAAUUCCGAAGGGCAAAUUGAAAUUAGAGAUUUUGAUGGAUUUUUGCUAAUUCGACAUAAGAUAGAUGAAGGAGUGAUUCAAAUAACAGGAUGUAAAGAGUGUGUAUUGGCGCUCACCAAAACAAAGAUGUACAAAAUCGGAGAGACUGUAAACAAGAUAAACAGUGAGCCGUGUGACUCAUUUUUACAUCACAAUAAUUUCUUCUUUAUGGUAUACCCCUCGAAAAUCGGGUUUUACACUGUCGACUUAAACCCCACAAAAGAGCGAAAUGUUGUUCUGAAAAACCCGAGAUGUGUAUUGGGUAGUUCCGACACUGUCGUGGUAGUGUGUAUUUACGAUAACUUGUAUCGUGUCAUUACUAUAGACCAAAAUUUGGAGUUUACUGAGAUUGAGGAAUUGGUAAACAACGAGGAGCCUACGUUCUUAACAAGUGCGCUUGAUUUUGUCUAUGUUGGGACAAUCACGGGACGUGUUUUACAGUACAUGGGCGGUGUUCUUAUAAUGGAGAAGAUGUUGAUGUGUGGUAAGAUCAAUGGUAUCCAGUGUAUGGGCCGCUUUUUGUUUGUCUUUGGUGAUGAGGUUCCAGUCACGAUAUUAUACGAGAAAGGACUUGUUGUUCUUUACAUGUCUUCUCUUUUGGGGUUUGAAAAAGUGCGGUGUUGCAAGGGGAGUGCUGACAAGCGAGUUGUGUCUCUGUGUGGAGGGAUGCGCCAAACCUUUGUUGCAAAUCGGAAAACCUCCUCGUCUCGGAGUGUGACAAAUAAUUGUGUAAAGGAAAGAGUGUCAGAAUUUUUUGGAAUGACGCCAGAUGGCAAUUUAGGCAAGUUUUCAGGUAUAAACUUCCAUCGUAAAGAGGACAUUCUCAAAGACAAAAACGCAUUUGUUGUGAAAAGGCACAAACAUGUGUUUUACAGGAAACAGGUAUGUUGUGGGGUUUGUGAUAUGUGUAUGGGGGCUGUUGUUGGCAAUGUCAUCGGGUGUCGGUUGUGCUUUAAAACAUACCAUGAGGGGUGUGUCAAUGUAGCUGCGUUAUUUGACGAUUGUUUAAAUUGA